AUGACUACGGCCGCUCUUCAGCAGAGCGGCGUGAUCCUCAGCGCUUUCCACUUCAGCGCCGCGAUCGCCGCCUGCGACAGGCUGCGGCUUUGGGAACGCGCCCUGGGGCUCCUUCCGCGGAUGGCCUCCAUGCGCCUGGAGCCGAACAUAGUCUGCUGCAACGCCGCCCUGCAGGCUGCGGAGCGCGGCAGCGCCUGGCCCAACGUCCUGGAAGCCCUGAGCCCACUGCGCGCACGGGGGCUGUUGCCCGACGCCAUAAGCCUGAACACCGCCCUGAGCGCAUGCAGACGAGUGCGCGCCUGGCGCCACGCGCUAUGCCUCAGUUCCAAGAAGUUCGCAGAGAACCAGAUCGUCACCAGCACUUGUGCCAGUGUUUGUGAGAGUGCCGGACGCUGGAAUGCAGCUCUGGAAACCUUUGCCGCCUUGAGCUGGUUACACGUGCAGCUUGAUCAGAUCACUCGCAACAGCCUCCUGGGCACUUGGGGCUCCUGGCGCGGCGCGGUCUUCGCGGCCUACUGGGCCAUGGACACUUACGGCUACAACAUUUUGGCCAGCUCCUGCGAAAAGUCAUCAGCCUGGUGGCAAGCAUGCGCUCUGAUUGGCAGAAUGCGAGCGCGACAGACGAGGACCGACAUUGUCACCUGGAACACGGUGAUCGCCAGCGAGAGCGGCUGGCGACUUUCCUUGGCCAUGGUGCAUGCCAGUGGCCACAGCUUCAGCAGCCGCACCUUCAGCAGCAGCUGCGGAGCCUGCGCCCGGGAAUCGAAGGCCUGGCGCCAGUCCCUGCAGUGGCUGCUGGCCAGCGUCAGGUCCUGCGGCGAAUCCGAAAUGGGCUGUGGCGCAAGCAUCAGCGCAUGUGAGCGAGGCCGCCGCUGGCGUGAGGCGUCGCUGCUGGUGUGCAGGAUGCCUUUGCGAAGGCUAACCGCGUCUACACAGGCGGCGAAUGCCGCCAUCAGCGCCUUUGCACGGUGUGGCCGCUGGCGGCUUGCUGCCCAGCGAUUGGGGGAGAGCAUGUGGCGGCGCCUGGCACCCGAGGAGGCAGCAAUGCGGCCAUCACAGCCUGCGAGAAGGCUGGAGGGCUUUGGCCGCAGAGCUUAG